CAUCCAACAUAACAUGUCCAAGUCCCGACUCGUUCACGCUUGCUCCAGGAAUGGGCGAGGUUGAAGUGGUGUUUCCUGCUGUCACCAGUACCGAUCCAUACUUCAAUCGUUUCACUGUCACAAUCUGUGACGUCGACCCACUGGUGUCCAGCGGGGGUGUCAUGUGGCGAGUAGGUGAAAACUCCACAUUCCCUCCGCCAAUGAACAGCAAUGAGCAAACAGUUCAUUACAUCGCUACCGAUGAUGCCGGGAACCAAGCAACAUGCGCAUGGACGUUUGAAGUUAUCGAUAAUGAGUCUCCAGUAUUUGAUAACUGUGAGAAUGUUACCUUAUAUACCGACCCUGAUAAGAAUUAUACCUCUGCAAUCCCAAGUGCACCAACGGCAAGUGAUAAUAUAGCAGCGACUGUAGAAUGCUCAGCAAUCCCCAAUCAGCUGGAAAUUGGUGUUCACCAAGUGUCUUGCAUCGCCAACGAUUCUGCGUCCAACACCGCCAUGUGCGAGUUUGAAAUAUAUGUAGUAGAUAUUAAAAACCCUGUCAUCUCGUGCCCACGUAGUAGAUCAUUCCCAACCGACCCAGGCCAACCAAACGCCACUGUGGUCUUUCCUUAUGACUACGUCGCUUCAGACAACUCGGGCGAGUUCCAAGUUAUCGUCACGGAAUUGAGUCCUAACUCCAGUGAGCCUAAUGGAAUGACGUGGACCGUCGGGGACGCUGUGGUAUUAGGCAUUGGUAACCACACCUUCUUUUACCUGGUUACAGAUGCGGCUGGGAAUGAAGACUACUGUGCUUGGGAUGUCGAGGUGUAUGAUAACCAAACACCACUAUUACAAUGCCCCACUGAUGUGGAGGAAUCUACCAUAGAUGGAUCAGAUAUGGGCAUGGCUAGCUGGUCACUUGCAACUGUGACUGACAACUCUGGCGUAGUGUCGACUCCUGUUGCCUCUCACACAUCAGGACAAAUGUUCACAAUUGGUGUACACACUGUGGAGUUUACUGCCAUGGACCCUCACCCUGAUGACAACUUGGGACGAUGCAACUUCACCGUCACAAUCACUGAUAAUCAAGCCCCUGUCAUCUCCUGCCCACCCAAUGGAUCAUUUCCAACCGACCCAGGCCAACCAAACGCCACGGUGAUGUUUCCUAAUGACUACGUCGCUUCAGACAACUCAGGAGACUUCCAAGUUAUCGUCACGGAAUUAAGUCCUAACUCCAGUGAGCCUAAUGGAAUGACGUGGACCGUCGGGGACGCUGUGGUAUUAGGCAUUGGUGAUCACACCUUUUUCUACCUGGUUACAGAUGCCACUGGAAAUGAGGACUACUGCGCUUGGGAUGUUGAAGUUUAUGAUAACCAACCACCACUGUUACAAUGCCCCACUGAUGUGGAGGAAUCUACCAUAGAUGGAUCAGAUAUGGGCAUGGCUAGCUGGUCACUUGCAACUGUGACUGACAACUCUGGCGUAGUGUCGACUCCUGUUGCCUCUCACACAUCAGGACAAAUGUUCACAAUUGGUGUACACACUGUGGAGUUUACUGCCAUGGACCCUCACCCUGAUGGCAACUUGGGACGAUGCAACUUCACCGUCACAAUCACUGAUAAUCAAGCCCCUGUCAUCUCCUGCCCACCCAAUGGAUCAUUUCCAACCGACCCAGGCCAACCAAACGCCACGGUGAUGUUUCCUAAUGACUACGUCGCUUCAGACAACUCAGGAGACUUCCAAGUUAUCGUCACGGAAUUAAGUCCUAACUCCAGUGAGCCUAAUGGAAUGACGUGGACCGUCGGGGACGCUGUGGUAUUAGGCAUUGGUGAUCACACCUUUUUCUACCUGGUUACAGAUGCCACUGGAAAUGAGGACUACUGCGCUUGGGAUGUUGAAGUUUAUGAUAACCAACCACCACUGUUACAAUGCCCCACUGAUGUGGAGGAAUCUACCAUAGAUGGAUCAGAUAUGGGCAUGGCUAGCUGGUCACUUGCAACUGUGACUGACAACUCUGGCGUAGUGUCGACUCCUGUUGCCUCUCACACAUCAGGACAAAUGUUCACAAUUGGUGUACACACUGUGGAGUUUACUGCCAUGGACCCUCACCCUGAUGGCAACUUGGGACGAUGCAACUUCACCGUCACAAUCACUGAUAAUCAAGCCCCUGUCAUCUCCUGCCCACCCAAUGGAUCAUUUCCAACCGACCCAGGCCAACCAAACGCCACGGUGAUGUUUCCUAAUGACUACGUCGCUUCAGACAACUCAGGAGACUUCCAAGUUAUCGUCACGGAAUUAAGUCCUAACUCCAGUGAGCCUAAUGGAAUGACGUGGACCGUCGGGGACGCUGUGGUAUUAGGCAUUGGUGAUCACACCUUUUUCUACCUGGUUACAGAUGCCACUGGAAAUGAGGACUACUGCGCUUGGGAUGUUGAAGUUUAUGAUAACCAACCACCACUAUUACAAUGCCCCACUGAUGUGGAGGAAUCUACCAUAGAUGGAUCAGAUAUGGGCAUGGCUAGCUGGUCACUUGCAACUGUGACUGACAACUCUGGCGUAGUGUCGACUCCUGUUGCCUCUCACACAUCAGGACAAAUGUUCACAAUUGGUGUACACACUGUGGAGUUUACUGCCAUGGACCCUCACCCUGAUGGCAACUUGGGACGAUGCAACUUCACCGUCACAAUCACUGAUAAUCAAGCCCCUGUCAUCUCCUGCCCACCCAAUGGAUCAUUUCCAACCGACCCAGGCCAACCAAACGCCACGGUGAUGUUUCCUAAUGACUACGUCGCUUCAGACAACUCAGGAGACUUCCAAGUUAUCGUCACGGAAUUAAGUCCUAACUCCAGUGAGCCUAAUGGAAUGACGUGGACCGUCGGGGACGCUGUGGUAUUAGGCAUUGGUGAUCACAACUUUUUCUACCUGGUUACAGAUGCCACUGGAAAUGAGGACUACUGCGCUUGGGAUGUUGAAGUUUAUGAUAACCAACCACCACUGUUACAAUGCCCCACUGAUGUGGAGGAAUCUACCAUAGAUGGAUCAGAUAUGGGCAUGGCUAGCUGGUCACUUGCAACUGUGACUGACAACUCUGGCGUAGUGUCGACUCCUGUUGCCUCUCACACAUCAGGACAAAUGUUCACAAUUGGUGUACACACUGUGGAGUUUACUGCCAUGGACCCUCACCCUGAUGGCAACUUGGGACGAUGCAACUUCACCGUCACAAUCACUGAUAAUCAAGCCCCUGUCAUCUCCUGCCCACCCAAUGGAUCAUUUCCAACCGACCCAGGCCAACCAAACGCCACGGUGAUGUUUCCUAAUGACUACGUCGCUUCAGACAACUCAGGAGACUUCCAAGUUAUCGUCACGGAAUUAAGUCCUAACUCCAGUGAGCCUAAUGGAAUGACGUGGACCGUCGGGGACGCUGUGGUAUUAGGCAUUGGUGAUCACACCUUUUUCUACCUGGUUACAGAUGCCACUGGAAAUGAGGACUACUGCGCUUGGGAUGUUGAAGUUUAUGAUAACCAACCACCACUAUUACAAUGCCCCACUGAUGUGGAGGAAUCUACCAUAGAUGGAUCAGAUAUGGGCAUGGCUAGCUGGUCACUUGCAACUGUGACUGACAACUCUGGCGUAGUGUCGACUCCUGUUGCCUCUCACACAUCAGGACAAAUGUUCACAAUUGGUGUACACACUGUGGAGUUUACUGCCAUGGACCCUCACCCUGAUGGCAACUUGGGACGAUGCAACUUCACCGUCACAAUCACUGAUAAUCAAGCCCCUGUCAUCUCCUGCCCACCCAAUGGAUCAUUUCCAACCGACCCAGGCCAACCAAACGCCACGGUGAUGUUUCCUAAUGACUACGUCGCUUCAGACAACUCAGGAGACUUCCAAGUUAUCGUCACGGAAUUAAGUCCUAACUCCAGUGAGCCUAAUGGAAUGACGUGGACCGUCGGGGACGCUGUGGUAUUAGGCAUUGGUGAUCACACCUUUUUCUACCUGGUUACAGAUGCCACUGGAAAUGAGGACUACUGCGCUUGGGAUGUUGAAGUUUAUGAUAACCAACCACCACUAUUACAAUGCCCCACUGAUGUGGAGGAAUCUACCAUAGAUGGAUCAGAUAUGGGCAUGGCUAGCUGGUCACUUGCAACUGUGACUGACAACUCUGGCGUAGUGUCGACUCCUGUUGCCUCUCACACAUCAGGACAAAUGUUCACAAUUGGUGUACACACUGUGGAGUUUACUGCCAUGGACCCUCACCCUGAUGGCAACUUGGGACGAUGCAACUUCACCGUCACAAUCACUGAUAAUCAAGCCCCUGUCAUCUCCUGCCCACCCAAUGGAUCAUUUCCAACCGACCCAGGCCAACCAAACGCCACGGUGAUGUUUCCUAAUGACUACGUCGCUUCAGACAACUCAGGAGACUUCCAAGUUAUCGUCACGGAAUUAAGUCCUAUCUCCAGUGAGCCUAAUGGAAUGACGUGGACCGUCGGGGACGCUGUGGUAUUAGGCAUUGGUGAUCACACCUUUUUCUACCUGGUUACAGAUGCCACUGGAAAUGAGGACUACUGCGCUUGGGAUGUUGAAGUUUAUGCAACCUCCACACCAAAACCAUCUACUACCCAUGAAGCGGAACCCAAUUCAGACACAACCACCACAGGAAGCGUAUCAGAUGGAACUAGUAAUGGUAUAAUAACUUCCACUCCAAACCCAAUCUCAGCACUUGAGCAAACUACUUCUCUUGAACCAUUCACCGUCACAGAGACAGCCCAACUUACUGAUGAGUGUAGCCCACAAAAUGAAACAUCUUGUUCUGGAGAUCUCACCUGCAUCUUUCUUCUAGGACGCCACCAGUGUAACUGUCCCUUUGCAUCUGGUCAGAGCGGUGAUUCAGAAAUUUGCAUUGGUAAGAUCUCAUUUCACUAG